CAACCCACGAGGAAAUUCUUUAAACGUUUUUAUUGCUUAUCGGACUUAUUAUAAUCUUUAUUAAUAACUUUCAUUACAUUUUAGUGUUUGUUUUUAGUGUUUAUCUGGUUCGCUUUUGACAACGUACGCCCGUUUUUUAUUCACGGUCGAUAUUUCCGUUAAGCGUAUUUCUAAAGGAUUGUACGAGCGUUUCAAAACAUGUUUCCUGAAAGCAGCAAUUGCCUUGGCAAGUACAACUAUGAGGAUUGCCAGGCUACAGCAGACUGGCUUUUGUCUCAGACUGCCCUACGCCCUCUGGUGGGCAUAGUUUGUGGCUCUGGUUUGGGUGGACUGGCUGACAUGCUGAAAGAUCAGGUGGCCUUCAAUUACAGUGACAUCCCAAAUUUCCCACAGAGUACAGUGCACGGCCACGCAGGACGGCUGGUGUUUGGGACUUUGAAGGGGACGCCGUGUAUCUGCAUGCAGGGAAGAUUUCAUCUCUAUGAGGGAUAUCCCAUCCAGAAGAUUACUAUGCCAAUGCGAAUAUUCAAACUGCUGGGUGUGGAGACUGUGAUUCUUACCAAUGCUGCUGGAGGUCUGAACCAGGACUAUAAAGUGGGAGACAUCAUGAUCAUUAAGGAUCAUCUCAACAUGCCAGGAUUUGCUGGAAACAACCCUCUAGCAGGUCCCAAUGAUGAUAGAUUUGGCGUACGUUUUCCCUGCAUGUCCGAUGCAUAUGAUCGGGAGCUUCAGCAGCUAGCGAUGGAUGUGGGCACAGAGCUCGGUUAUAGUGACUUUCUGAAAGAGGGCGUGUACUGUGUUCUUGGCGGACCCUCAUUUGAGACUAUUGCAGAGUGUCGCAUGCUGCACAAGCUGGGAGCUGAUGCUGUUGGUAUGAGCACUGUCCAUGAAGUAAUAGUGGCACGUCACUGUGGUAUGCGGGUCUUUGCUCUGUCUUUGAUAACUAAUAAGGCAGUGAUGGAUUAUGACAGUGAGGAAAAAGCCAAUCAUGAGGAAGUUCUGCAUACAGGCAAACAAAGGGCGGAGCAACUCGAGAGGCUGGUGUCCACUAUGGUAACACGGCUAGAGCACAACAACAAUUAUGCAUAAAACUAUACUCCGUUUACAUCCAUCAUCAACCACAAACCAUGCCCUUGUGAAUCAACAAUAUAUGUGUAUAUAUUGGAUAAUAUAAUGUGAUAUAGGAAAUAAUACAUUUUCAUAUAUGGGAAUCUGGUGCUUAUAUUUUUCAGUAUUCUGCGAUAUAUGCAUGAACGAUGUAUGGGCAUAUAUUGAUACAUAUAAAAUAUAUAUUUAACAAUGCUACAAAAACAAUACUACAUAUGUACAGCAUGUAUUUAUUGAAGUAAAUUAAGCAAAAGUUAUUUUAAGCAAAAAGGCUAAAAACUUAUAAAUGCCAUAAGUUGUAAUGAGAUAUCUAAGCACCACCAAAUGUAAUUAGUUGUAAAGAUAUUUGCAAAAGCUGUUCAAAUGCUAAAUCACAACACUGCACAAACCAUAAGGCUAAAUCUAGCAUGUUACACAUGAUGACAUGUUCCAAGUUUGGUCUGAAUACGUUAAAGCGUUCCGGAGACAGCCUUACGUCUGUUUUCAUGAAUGCUAUGUAAAAUGUUCUAUGUUAUUCAGUUUUAUGUAUGUGCGUAUAUAUAUUCAUUAUAUAUUAUGUAUAGUUAUGUAUUGCAAGAUAUACAGCCAUGGAAAAAAUUAAGAGACCACUCCAGUUUUGACUCUAAUUAUCAUUUCUAGAUGUAUUGUGACCAUUUUACUCCAGUGUCUGUUGUAAAAGACUGAGAGCAUGACAAGACCCAUGAAAGAUGUGAAUAAAAAUCAGGGUUUUUAAAAAAUAUAUAUAUAUUUUCUAAAAUACAUGUAAAAACAUUAGCAUUUUGUGAAUUGAAUUUGAAUUUGACCGUGUUUUCUCUGCAGACGUCAGUGUUGGAUUUCAAUAUUAAGUUACUCCCCAAAAAAGUAACUAAUUGCGUUACUUAAUUACUUUUCAUGGAAAGUAAGGAUUGCGUUACUUUUAAGUUACUUUUGCGUUACUUUUUCUUACUUGGCUGAGGCUUGAUCUCUUUCAGGCCUUGCAGGUGUUUUUUAUGAUAGCAAAAAUGUGAAGCUCUGGCCUGCCAUUAUCGUUUCUGACUCAAAUUGUUUCCGCUCAGUCGCACAGAGUGCGUAAUUCUACGUUAAUAUGUUCAAUUUAAGUCAGUACAUUAUUUUAUUUUUAAAUUGAAUGAAUUAAACUGAAAGUAACUCACAUUACUUUUUUUAAAAAGUAACUCAAAUAUUAAUGUGUACAUUUAUAAAGUAGUGCCUUACUUUACUCGUUACGUCAUAAAAGUAAUAUUAUUACGUAAUGCACGUUACUUGUAAUGUGUUACCCCCAACACUGGCAGACGUUGCAUCUUUUUGUGUUAUUUUGACCAUGUUUUCCCCAUUUCAAUUGUCAGUAAAUAAAUACAAAUGAAAACA